CGUGCAGCUCCUGUCCAUCAACUGAAUUCAUCCCAUACACAACGUUGCAGUGAAGCCGACAAGGGCUCGGCAAUCACCACUGGCGCACACAAACCAUCUCCCAUAGUCGCCUCACUGGACCCUUCCAUCAUCGCCUCCCCGGGCCUGGCAUGGCGUCAUCUCUUGCCACCUCCCCGGACACCCCCACCGCCUCGACUUCGGUGCGCCGGCGUCAUUCGAAGGCGGUUCAGUCUCAUCAACCUCACCACCGUCAUCACGAUGCAGCCUCUCACCCCAAGCGACCCGUCCACCUUCAUCAACGGCGGGCAUCUCAGCCUGCCUCGGUGUACCAUGCCAGCAGUAGGCGGAGAGAGCUAGCAUCGUCGCUCUUUACUGGAUCUGAGGGCUGGACCAGCACAGAUAGCGGUUGGAGCAGUCAAUUGAGCAGUAGCGAGGAUGGAGAGUGGAGUGAUGAAGACGAUCGGGUUCUGCGGUGGUCAGAAAAGGGAAAGGCGAGGCAACAGGAACGACUAGACUAUCUUGAUCUUUCUCUCAGUAUGCCAUACACAGUCGUCGCCAUGCGUGACAGCAUCGUCCUUUACCUCGCGGCGCUCGAAGACAAAGCCAAGGCCGUGGCAUCUCGUUUACGAGCUCACGAAGAAGGCGGUGGAGCAGACAGUACGCCAGCUUCAUCGUCGUCCUCAAACGAUAUGCUCGUCACUUUCCAAUCGCAGCUCGCUGUUAUCCGCAAUGACCUCAAGCGCAUUGUCCUGCUCUUCCCCACGCCUCCACAAGCAGCAUUCGGUCAGUCCCUCGCCUCAUUCCCUUCCCCGGUCUCCACUUUCACUGCAUCGCAAGCAGCUCUUGCUGCCAGAUCGCAAUCUCUGGCUGCCGACUGGGAGCGACUUGCUUCGGCCUUGGGUUCUCGUCUACCUGCCGGCCCUUCUGGUCUGCUUGCAGCCAUGCAUUCGCAACUUGAGACGCUCAACGAGACAAUGGCAACAAUGUCGCUUCGAGACCUUUGGGAAGAGCGAAAGCAGCUGCAAUGGCCCAGCGCAAGGAUGGGCGAAGUCUCCUCUUCCCUCGUAGAGUCGAUUUUGGAAUCGACUUCGAAGGGCAGGGAACGUGCGGGUUCCAUCAUCGACUCAAUGUUAGAAUUGGAACGAGCAGCAUACGCACGAGCUUGCGAGUUGGCAAAGGGAGGUCGCCUUAUCACCUACGAAGAGCUGCCACACCUGUGGAGGAACAACGAGCAUAUCCUGACUGGGUAUCGCUUCAUUCCACUCAAUGAGCCCCUUGCUCUGCUCAAAUCUGCCGUCACAAUUCACAACGAGACUCUCAACAUUCACACCCAUCUCGUCGGCAUCGCCUUCAUCUUGCCUCUGUUCUGGGCAUCUCACGAUGAAGAUGCGACAAACAUGGACAGAGUCAUCCGCGCAGCCUAUCUAGGCAGCGCCCUCAAGUGUUUGAUCCUCUCUGUCGCUUGGCACAUCUGUUCUGGCUCCAGCAAUAUUUGCUUGUUCAAUCGUAGCGCAUGCGCCGACUACUCUGGCGUAGCCGUCCUCAUUGCCGCCACAGUCAUAUCUACAGUCUAUGCAGAGUUCUUCUGUCAGCCCAAGCUCGCCCUCCUCUACUCUGUGACCACUGGGCUGGUCGGCCUGGCUGGCGCAGUGUUGCCAUGGCAGACGUGGUUCAACAAGCGGGAGAACAAGGGCAAGAGGAUCGCAAUGUUCCUCGGCAUCUGCUUCACCUCUCUCCUCCCCUUCUUCCACGCCUCCUACAAGCACGGCCUCAUACGCACCUUUGUCUUCCUCUCACCCAUCAUCCCUUCCCUCCUGGCCUACAUCGGUGGCCUAGUCAUUUACGCCACGAAUUGUCCCGAGAGCCUGCUCCCCGGCAAGUUCGAUCUGUGGGGUCACAGUCACCAGUGGUGGCACUGCGCUAUCCUGCUGGCUAUUGCACUUCAUUGGAAGGCAAUGGAGGGCUUUCGACAAGGUCGCGUCGAGUACUCUUGUCAGGCACUCUAGCCACGCGCACAUCUUUCUAUUCUCUCUGCUCUGCCCCGCAUCUUGGAAUUGUAGAUAUUUUUAACCCUGUACCACGCAUUGCAAUAGAUUGAGUGUUUGUGUUUGUAGCCUGUCAUCACCAAUAUCAAAAUCAGCAUCAACAUGGAGAAUAGAUAAGGGUCGUCCC